GGCGCCGGGUGCCAGCGGGGAGGAGACUCGCGCCCCCGCCGACCAACACCACCACCCGGCCGCGGCCCUGCUCCUCUGCGCCCUCGCCGCCCUGCGAGCCGCAGCUCCCGCUCCCGCUCCCGGCCCGUCGCCGUCCCCGGAGCCCGACCCCCGCCCGCCAGCCCGCCGGCCGCGCCGGCCCCGGUGGAGACGCGCGUCCUCGCGAUCCUCCCGCGCCCCCAGCCCAGUGCCUGGCUUGGGCCGCUCCUGGGAGCCCCUCGCCCUCUCCGAGCCGGCCCGCCCUCGCGUCCUGCUCGGCGCUGAGCGGCGCUCCGAGUGCCCGCCGACAUGAGCUGCAACGGAGGCUCCCACCCGCGGAUCAACACGCUGGGCCGCAUGACCCGCGCCGAGUCCGGCCCCGACCUGCGCUACGAGAUGACCUGCGGCGGCGGCGGCGGGGGCGGCGGCGGCGGCGGCGGCGGGGGCACCAGCAGGAUGUACUACUCCCGGCGCUGCACGGUCACCGACCAGAACUCGGACGGCUACUGUCAAACGGGGACGAUGUCCAGGCACCAGAACCAGAACACCAUCCAGGAGCUUCUGCAGAACUGCGCCGAUUGCCUGAUGCGAGCAGAGCUGAUCGUGCAGCCUGAACUGAAGUAUGGCGAUGGGAUACAGCUGGCUCGGAGCAGAGAGCUGGAUGAGUGUUUUGCUCAGGCCAACGAUCACAUGGAAAUUACCGAUAGCUUGAUCAGAGAGAUGCGGCAGAUGGGCCAGCCCUGUGAUGCUUAUCAGAAAAGACUGCUGCAGCUCCAGGAGCAAAUGCGAGCCCUUUACAAAGCCAUCAGUGCCCCUCGCGUCCGAAGGGCCAGCUCCAAGGGAGGUGGAGGCUACACCUGCCAGAGUGGCUCCGGGUGGGAUGAAGUCACCAGGCGCCUCACCAGCGAGUGCCUGGGCUGGAUGCGGCAGCAGCGGGCGGAGAUGGACAUGAUGACCUGGGGCGUGGAUCUGGCCUCCGUGGAGCAGCACAUCAACAGCCACAGGAGCAUCCACAACUCCAUCGGGGACUAUCGCUGGCAGCUGGACAAGAUUAAAGCCGACCUGCGUGAGAAAGCUGCAAUCUACCAGUUGGAGGAGGAGUAUGAAAACCUGCUGAAAGCAUCCUUUGAGAGGAUGGACCACCUGCGACAGCUGCAGAAUAUCAUUCAGGCCACCUCCCGGGAGAUCAUGUGGAUCAACGACUGUGAGGAGGAGGAGCUGCUGUAUGAUUGGAGUGACAGGAACACCAACAUCGCUCAGAAGCAGGAGGCCUUCUCUAUACGCAUGAGUCAGCUGGAAGUUAAGGAAAAAGAGCUCAAUAAGCUUAAACAAGAAAGUGACCAACUUGUCCUCAAUCAGCAUCCAGCUUCAGACAAAAUUGAGGCGUACAUGGAUACUCUGCAGACACAGUGGAGCUGGAUUCUUCAGAUUACCAAAUGCAUCGAUGUUCAUCUCAAAGAAAAUGCUGCCUACUUUCAGUUUUUUGAAGAGGCCCAGUCGACGGAAGCCUACCUGAAGGGUCUCCAAGACUCCAUCAGGAGGAAGUACCUGUGUGACAAGAACACGCCCCUGCAGCGUCUGCUGGAGCAGAUCAAGGAGCUGGAGAAAGAACGGGAGAAAAUCCUUGAAUACAAGCGCCAGGUGCAGAGCUUGGUAAACAAGUCCAAGAAGAUCGUGCAGCUGAAACCUCGGAACCCUGACUACAGAAGCAAUAAACCCAUCAUUCUCAGGGCUCUCUGUGACUACAAACAGGACCAGAAAAUCGUCCACAAAGGGGACGAGUGCAUCCUGAAGGACAACAGCGAGAGGAGCAAGUGGUACGUGACCGGCCCGGGGGGUGUGGACAUGCUCGUGCCCUCCGUGAGCCUCAUCAUUCCUCCGCCCAACCCCCUGGCCGUGGACCUCUCCAGCAAGAUCGAGCAGUACUAUGAGGCCAUCCUGGCCCUGUGGAACCAGCUCUACAUCAACAUGAAGAGCUUGGUGUCCUGGCACUACUGCAUGAUCGACAUCGAGAAGAUCAAGGCCAUGACCAUCGCCAAGCUGAAAACGAUGCGACAGGAAGAUUACAUGAAGACAAUAUCCGACCUUGAGCUGCAUUACCAAGAGUUCAUCAGGAACAGCCAAGGCUCCGAGAUGUUCGGAGACGAUGACAAGCGGAGGAUGCAGACCCAGUUCACGGACGCCCAGAAGCACUACCAGACCCUGGUCAUACAGCUCCCCGGCUACGCCCAGCACCGGACAGUAACCACAACUGAAAUCAUUCAUCCUGAUUCCUGCCAAAACGUUGAAACCAACAGAGAGAAUGACAAGCAGGAAACCUGGAUGCUGAUGGAGCUUCAGAAGGUUCGUAGGCAGGUGGAGCUCUGCGAGAGCAGAAUGACCCUCAAAAACAUCCCUCUGGCAGAUCAGGCAUCCUCGCACCACAUCACAGUGAAGAUAAAUGAGCUGAAGAGCGUACAGAAUGAUUCUCAAGCAAUUGCUCAAGUUCUCAACCAGCUGAAAGACAUGCUUGCGAACUUCAGAGGUUCAGAAAAAUACUGCUAUUUGCAGAAUGAGGUGUUUGGAUUGUUUCAGAAACUGGAAAAUAUCAAUGGCGUUACCGACGGCUAUUUAAAUAGCUUGUGUGUGGUGAGAGCACUCCUGCAGGCCAUUCUUCAGACAGAAGACAUGUUGAAGGUGUACGAAGCCAGGCUCACUGAGGAGGAGACGGUUUGCCUGGAUCUGGAUAAAAUGGAAGCUUACCGCUGUGGACUGAAGAAAAUUAAAAACGACUUGAACUUGAAGAAGUCCUUGUUGGCCACCAUGAAAACAGAACUGCAGAAAGCCCAGCAGAUCCACUCCCAGACUUCACAGCAGUAUCCGCUGUAUGACCUGGACCUGGGCAAGUUCAGCGAAAAAGUCACACAGCUGACAGAUCGCUGGCAAAGAAUCGAUAAGCAGAUAGACUACAGGUUAUGGGACCUGGAGAAGCAAAUCAAGCAACUGAAUAAUUACCGUGACAACUAUCAGACUUUCUGCAAGUGGCUCUAUGAUGCCAAACGCCGCCAGGAUAACUUAGAAUCCAUGAAGUUUGGCGAUUCCAACACGGUCAUGCGAUUUUUGAAUGAGCAGAAGAACUUGCACAGUGAAAUAAGUGGCAAACGAGACAAAUCUGAAGAAGUACAAAAAAUUGCUGAACUUUGUGCAAAUUCGAUUAAGGAUUACGAAAUGCAGCUGGCGUCAUACGCCUCGGGACUGGAAACUCUACUGAACAUACCUAUCAAGAGAACCAUGGUCCAGUCUCCUUCUGGGGUGAUUCUGCAAGAGGCUGCAGAUAUGCAUGCUCGGUACAUAGAACUUCUUACACGGUCUGGAGACUAUUACAGAUUCUUAAGUGAGAUGCUGAAGAGUUUGGAAGAUCUGAAGCUGAAAAAUACCAAGAUCGAAGUUUUGGAAGAGGAGCUCAGGCUGGCCCGCGACGCCAACUCCGAAAACUGCAAUAAGAACAAAUUUCUGGAUCAGAACCUGCAGAAAUACCAGGUGGAGUGCUCCCAAUUCAAAGCAAAGCUCGUGAGCCUGGAGGAGCUGAAGAGACAGGCCGAGCUGGAUGGCAAGUCAGCCAAGCAGAACCUCGACAAGUGCUACGGCCAAAUCAAAGAGCUCAACGAGAAGAUCACCCGGCUGACUUACGAGAUUGAGGAUGAAAAGCGAAGAAGAAAGACCGUGGAAGACAGGUUUGACCAACAGAAGAGUGACUACGACCAGCUGCAGAAAGCGAGGCAGAGCGAGAAGGAGAGCCUCGGCUGGCAGAAAAUGGAGUCUGAGAAGGCCAUCAAGGAGAAGGAGUUCGAGAUAGAGAGGUUGAGGGUUCUUCUGCAAGAGGAGGGCACCCGGAAGAGAGAAUAUGAAAAUGAGCUGGCAAAGGUAAGAAACCACUAUAAUGAGGAGAUGAGUAAUUUAAGGAACAAGUAUGAGACAGAGAUUAACAUCACAAAGACCACCAUCAAGGAGAUAUCCAUGCAGAAAGAGGAUGAUUCCAAAAACCUCCGCAACCAGCUCGAUAGACUCUCGAGGGAGAACCGAGAUCUGAAGGACGAGAUCAUCCGGCUCAAUGACAGCAUCCUGCAGACCACCGAGCAGCGGAGGCGGGCAGAAGAGGAUGCCCUGCAGCAGAAGGCCUGUGGCUCCGAGAUGCUGCAGAAGAAGCAGCAUCUGGAGAUCGAGCUGAAGCAGGUCAUCCAGCAGCGCUCCGAGGACAAUGCCAGGCACAAGCAGUCCCUGGAGGAGGCUGCCAAGACCAUCCAGGACAAAAAUAAGGAGAUCGAAAGACUCAAAGCUGAGUUUCAGGAGGAGGCCAAGCGCCGCUGGGAGUAUGAGAGUGAACUUGCUAAGGUAAGGAACAGUUACGAUGAGGAGAUCAUUAGCUUAAAGAACCAGUUCGAGACGGAGAUCAGCGUCACCAAGACGACCAUCCACCAGCUCACCCUACAGAAGGAGGAGGACACCAGCGGCUACCGAGCCCAGAUAGACAACCUCACCAGGGACAACCGGAGCCUCUCGGAAGAAGUAAAGAGGCUGAAGAACACUCUAGCCCAGACCACAGAGAACCUCAGAAGGGUCGAAGAGAACAUCCAACAGCAGAAGGCCACGGGCUCAGAGAUGUCACAGCGGAAACAGCAGCUGGAGAUUGAGCUGAGGCAGGUCACGCAGAUGCGGACGGAAGAGAGCGUGAGAUACAAGCAGUCUCUGGAUGAUGCCUCCAAGACCAUCCAGGAUAAAAACAAGGAGAUAGAUAGGCUAAAGCAGCUGAUAGCGACCGAAACAAACCAACGGAAGCACCUGGAGGAUGAAAACGCCAAAUUGCAGAGGGCUCAGUGUGAGCUGCAGAAAGCCCACAGCAGCGCCACGGAGACCAUCAGCAAACUGAAGGUGCAGGAGCAGGAGCUGUUGCGUCUGAGGAUGGACUACGAGCGGGUGUCCCAGGAGAGGACCAUCAAGGACCAGGACAUUGCCCGCUUCCAGAUCUCCCUGAAGGAGCUGCAGCUACAGAAGCAGAAGGCGGAGGAGGAGAUGACUCGGCUGAAGAGGGUGGCCUCUGAGGACUCCUCCAAGAGGAAGAAGCUGGAGGAUGAGCUGGAGACCCUGCGGAGGUCCCUGAAGGAGCAGGCGAUCAAAGUCACCAGCCUGACCCAGCAGCUGGAGCAGGCGUCCAUCGUCAAGAAGAGGAGUGAGGAUGAGCUGCGGCAGCAGCGGGACGUGCUGGACGGUCACCUGCGGGAUAAGCAGAGGACCCAGGACGAGCUGCGGAGGCUGGCCUCCGAGGUCGAGGCCCUGCGGCGGCAGCUGCUGCAGGAGCAGGAGAACGUCAGGCAGGCGCAGGUGCGGAACGAGCACUUCCAGAAGGCCAUCGAGGACAAGAGCAGGAGCCUGAACGAGAGCAAAAUUGAAAUUGAGAGGCUGCAGUCGCUGACUGAGAACCUCACUAAGGAGCACCUGAUGCUGGAGGAGGAACUGCGGAACCUCCGGCUGGAGUACGACGACCUCCGGCGGAGCCGUGUCGAGGCCGACCAUGACAAAAACGCCACCAUCUUGGAGCUCCGGAGCCAGCUGCAGAUCAGCAACAACCGGACCCUGGAGCUGCAGGGGCUGAUUAAUGAUUUACAGAGAGAGAGGGAAAAUUUGAGACAGGAAAUUGAGAAAUUCCAAAAGCAGGCGUUAGAGGCCUCUAAUAGGAUUCAGGAAUCCAAGAAUCAGUGCUCUCAGGUGGUGCAGGAGAGAGAGAGCCUCCUGGUGAAAAUCAAAGUUCUGGAGCAAGACAAGGCCAGGCUGCAGAGGCUGGAGGAGGAGCUGAAUCGUGCCAAAGCGACCCUGGAGGCAGAAAGCAGGCUGAAACAGCGCCUGGAGUGCGAGAAACAGCAGAUCCAGAAUGACCUGAACCAGUGGAAGACGCAGUAUACCCGCAAGGAGGAGGUCAUUAGGAAGAUAGAGUCGGAACGAGAGAAGAGCGAGAGAGAGAAGAACAGCCUUAGGAGCGAGAUCGAAAGACUCCAGGCAGAGAUCAAGAGGAUCGAGGAGAGGUGCCGGCGGAAGCUGGAGGACUCCAGCAGGGAGACCCAGUCCCAGCUGGAGACCGAGCGCUCCCGGCUGCAGCGGGAAAUCGACAAACUCAAGCAGCGCCCGUAUGGGUCCCACCGCGAGACCCAGACUGAAUACGAGUGGUCCGUUGACUCCUCGAAGCUGGUGUUUGAUGGACUGAGGAAGAAGGUGACAGCCAUGCAGCUGUACGAGUGCCAGGUCAUUGACAAAACAACCUUGGACAAGCUGCUGAAGGGGAAAAAGUCCGUGGAGGAAGUUGCUUCUGAGAUCCAGCCUUUCCUUCGGGGAGCAGGAGCUAUCGCCGGAGCGUCCGCUUCCCCUAAGGAGAAGUACUCUUUGGUAGAGGCCAAGAGAAAGAAAUUGAUCACCCCAGAAUCCACAGUCAUGCUUCUGGAGGCCCAGGCAGCCACCGGCGGUAUAAUUGAUCCCCACAGGAACGAGAAGCUGACUGUUGACAGUGCCGUAGCUCGGGACCUCAUCGACUUUGAUGACCGCCAGCAGAUAUACACGGCAGAGAAAGCCAUUACUGGGUUUGAUGACCCAUUUUCAGGCAAGACGGUGGCUGUGGCGGAAGCCAUCAAGAAAAAUCUGAUUGAUCGAGAAACUGGAAUGCGUCUGCUGGAAGCCCAGAUUGCUUCAGGGGGUGUGGUGGACCCAGUGAACAGCGUCUUUCUGCCGAAAGAUGUAGCCUUGGCUCGUGGGCUGAUCGACAGAGAUCUGUAUCGGUCCCUGAACGAUCCCCGAGACAGUCAGAAGAACUUCGUGGAUCCGGUCACCAAAAAGAAGGUCAGUUACAUGCAGCUGAGGGACCGGUGCAGAAUCGAACCGCACACUGGCCUGCUGCUGCUGUCAGUACAGAAGAGAAGCAUGUCCUUCCAAGGAAUCAGACAACCCGUGACCAUCUCUGAGCUGAUCGAUUCUGGUAUAUUGAGACCAUCCACUAUCAAUGAACUGGAAUCAGGUGAGAUUUCUUAUGAUGAGGUUGGUGAGAGAAUUAAGGACUUCCUUCAGGGUUCAAGCUGCAUCGCAGGCAUCUACAAUGAGGCCACGAAACAGAAGCUUGGCAUUUAUGAGGCCAUGAAAAUUGGCUUGGUCCGACCCGGUACUGCCCUGGAGCUGCUGGAAGCGCAGGCAGCUACUGGCUUCAUAGUGGAUCCUGUUAGCAACUUGAGGUUACCGGUGGAGGAAGCCUACAAAAGAGGUCUGGUGGGUAUCGAGUUCAAGGAGAAGCUCCUGUCUGCAGAACGAGCUGUCACCGGGUACAAAGACCCUGAAACGGGAAACAUCAUCUCCUUGUUCCAAGCCAUGAACAAAGAACUCAUCGAAAAGGGCCAUGGCAUUCGCUUGCUGGAAGCACAGAUUGCAACCGGUGGGAUCAUCGACCCGAAGGAAAGCCAUCGCCUGCCCGUUGACAUAGCCUACAAGAGGGGCUACUUCAACGAGGAGCUCAAUGAGAUUCUCUCGGAUCCAAGUGAUGAUACAAAAGGAUUCUUUGACCCAAACACUGAAGAAAACCUUACAUAUCUGCAACUGAAAGAAAGAUGCAUUAAGGAUGAGGCUACGGGGCUCUGUCUUCUGCCCCUGAAAGAAAAGAAGAAGCAGGUGCAGACAUCCCAAAAGAAUACCCUCAGAAAGCGCAGGGUGGUCAUAGUUGACCCAGAAACCAACAAGGAGAUGUCUGUGCAGGAGGCCUACAAGAAGGGCCUCAUCGAUUACGAAACCUUCAAAGAACUGUGUGAGCAGGAGUGUGAGUGGGAAGAAAUAACCAUCACUGGAUCGGAUGGCUCCACCCGGGUGGUCCUGGUCGACAGGAAGACGGGCAGCCAGUACGAUAUUCAAGAUGCUAUCGACAAGGGCCUCAUCGACAGGAAGUUCUUUGACCAGUACCGAUCCGGCAGCCUCAGCCUCACUCAGUUUGCCGAUAUGAUCUCCUUGAAGAACGGUGUCGGCGGCAGCAGUGGCAUCGGAGGUGGCCUCAGCGAUGACGUCUUUAGCAGCUCCCGACACGAGUCCGUAAGUAAGAUUUCCACCACAUCCAGCAUCAGGAAUUUAACCAUCAGGAGCAGCUCUCUGUCCGAACCCCUGGAAGAGCUGAGCCCCAUUGCAGCCAUCUUCGACACGGAAAACCUGGAGAAGAUCUCCAUCACGGAAGGGAUAGCGCGGGGCAUUGUCGACAGCAUCACUGGGCAGAGGCUCCUGGAGGCUCAGGCCUGCACGGGCGGCAUCAUCCACCCCACCACUGGGCAGAAGCUGCCCCUCCAGGAUGCAGUCUCCCAGGGCCUGAUUGACCAGGAUAUGGCCACCAGGCUGAAGCCUGCUCAGAAAGCCUACCUCGGCUUUGAAGGAGUGAAGGGGAAGAAGAAGAUGUCGGCAGCAGAGGCAGUGAAAGAAAAAUGGCUCCCCUAUGAGGCCGGCCAGCGCUUCCUGGAGUUCCAGUACAUCACCGGGGGCCUGAUGGACCCCGAAGUGCAAGGGAGGAUAAGCACGGAAGAAGCCAUCAGAAAGGGGUACAUCGAUGGCCGGGCAGCUCAGAGGCUGCAAGACACCAGCAGCUACGGCAAGAUCCUGACCUGCCCCAAAACCAAGCUGAAAAUAUCCUAUAAGGAUGCCGUGAAUCGCUCCAUGGUGGAAGACGUCACCGGCCUGCGCCUUCUGGAGGCCUCCUCGGUUUCGUCCAAGGGCUUGCCCAGCCCUUAUAACAUGUCCUCUGCCCCAGGCUCCCGCUCGGGCUCCCGCUCCGGCUCUCGCUCCGGCUCCCGAUCCGGUUCCCGCAGUGGGUCCCGGAGAGGAAGCUUCGAUGCAACAGGCAAUUCUUCCUACUCUUACUCCUACUCCUUUAGCAGUAGCUCUAUCGGGCACUCGUAGGUGGUUGGAAAUGGUUGCUAGACCUUAGCUUUCAUUUAUAUGAAUUUUCACUUUACUAAAUAAUAGAAAAAGAAAACCUCGUGCUUGCAGAAUAGUGAUAGAACUUUCUAGGCUUAAGAAAACAUAGCCAUGGGGGGUAUCAGUAAAGGCUGUUCUGGCUUUUUAUCUUCUUAGCUCGCCUGAACUAAUGUCAUACAUUGGAUGCAGUGUAUAUGAAGCAGUAAUCACUUGUAAGGACAGCACAAAUUGAACCUAGAGUUUUGUUUCUUCGCUUCUGUGUUUAGAGUUUUGAUCGAUGCUUCUUGAACUAAUUUUGUCCUACAAUCCAGAUUUCUGUUCUUAGAGAUAAAAAUGAAAUUGACCUUGUAGUCAUCAGUUUGUUUCUCAUCUAAAUAGUUCCAUUUUCUGUAUUAGGAGAAAAUUACCCUCCCCCCCCCCCC